AUGGUCAAAAGAAAGAUUGGUGCCUUGGAGAAGGUUGAUGCGGAUUUGUCGAAUCUGCAGUACAAAAUAAGACGAGACCCUACUUCGUACAAAGAGGAUUUCUUGAACCAAUACAGCCAGUAUGAGCAUCAAAGGGACAUAUUCCUGCAAGCACCGUCCACCGCGACUGACGACGGCAUUGUCUCAAUUCGAGACUUGAUCGACUUCUUGGCACACGUUGCAGAUUGCUAUCCACAAGAUACGGCUCAAUUUCCGCAAGAUCUGAUGCAUAUACUCAACACUCACCAUGAAGAGCUAGAACCUGAGUUGCGAGAAAAGGUUGUGGGAAGUCUAGUGCUGCUGCGGAGGAAGGACAUCAUUGACUCUUCAACACUCCUACAUACUCUUUUUCCAAUCCUCGUCUCCACCCCAAGUAAAUCACUACGGACGCUCCUCUUCCAGAAGAUCCUCUCCGACCUAAGAACAUCAAACGCGAAUUCUACGAAUCACCGCCUCAACCGUACCAUACAGACAGUCCUUUACAACCUACUCACCUCGGACCGCACAUCCUCUAAAGGCCUGUGGGCUGUGAAACUUACACGGGAGCUAUGGAAGCGCCAGAUAUGGACAGACUCAAAGGCGGUAGAAAUCAUGAAAGAAGCUAGUCUGGCGGAUAACGAGAAGGUCAUAGUGGGAGGGGUACGGUUCUUCCUUGGUGGUGAUAAGGAAAGAGAAGAGCUAGAAGAUGAGAGCAGUGAUGGCGAAGCUGUUGACAUGGGUAGGCUAAAGCACCAGAUGGCCAUCAAUAAGAAAAACAAGAAGAAGGCAAGGAUGAUGGACAAUGCUGUCGCGACAGUCAAGAAGAAGGAGAGAAAGAAGAAACAACCACAUCCCCUGAACUUCUCCGCCUUUCACCUGCUGCACGACCCGCAAGGCUUUGCGGAAGCUCUGUUCUCCAAGCAUCUCCAGAAUACAAGGUCGAAACUCAAUCUUGAACAGAAGCUUCUGGUGCUACAGCUAGUAUCUCGACUUGUCGGAUUACACAAGCUCACAGUCAUAAGCCUUUAUUCUUACUUCCUUAAGUAUCUAACGCCUCGCCAACCAUCAGUCACAUCUUUUCUGGCCUCGCUAGCUCAGGCCACCCAUAAUCUCGUUCCUCCGGAUGUCCUUGAGCCUUUAGUACAGAAGAUAGCAAAUGAAUUCGUUUCUGAAGCGGCGGCAGCUGAAGUCGCAUCUGCUGGAUUGAAUGCCAUCAGGGAGAUUUGCGUGCGACAGCCUCUGGCUAUAAACGACACUCUCCUUCAAGAUCUUGUAAUGUAUAGGAAGAGUAAGGACAAGGGUGUCAUGAUGGCCGCAAAAGGUUUACUAAGUCUGUAUCGAGAAGUUGGGGCAGAUAUGCUCAAGAAAAGAGAUCGAGGAAAAGAGGCAGCCAUGGGUCUACGAAGUGGGCAGCGCAAAGAGCAAAGAUUCGGCGAAGAAGCCGUAGGUGAGAUUGAGGGACUGGAGCUAUUGGAGAAGUGGAAAGAAGAAGAGCGACAGCGACAACGAGUCGAGAAGGGCCUUCCCGCCGAGAAAAGAUCAGAUGAGUCAGAGAGCGAAGAUGAUGAGGAUCCAGGCGAUUGGGAAGUCGACGAAGCUGAUACUGAUGACUCUGGUGGCUGGAUCAAUGUCGAGAGCGACAAGGAGAUUGAUAUCAGCGAUUCAGAUGACGAUAAGCCAGCUGCUAAGAAGGCCAAGGUUGACUCCGCUAUUUCCAAGGUAGACGACGACAAGGAAAACGCAGAAGACCAAGCCGCGGCCACCGCCCUGAAGCUCUCCACCUUAGCGACCACCCGUAUUUUAACCCCUGCCGACCUAGCCAAACUUCAGGAACUCCGCCUCUCAGCCAGCAUAAACCAACAGCUCCCUGCCUCCCAACGCAAGCGCGCAGCUCAGCAAGCGGCCGCCUUGCAAGCCCGUCACGCCGACGAUCCUCUGACAGCCGCUGAGAUCGAAGGUCUAGCAUCACUCUCCAAGAAAUCCACCAAAGCCGACAAGAUUGCGUUAGCUAAAGCCGGCAAAGGUGACGAGAGCGUACACCAGAGUACGCAGGCGAAGCGGAAGGAGAAAAAGGAGGCGUUGGGCAAGAGCACGACUAACAGGGAGAAAGCAAGGAAGAAGAACUUUAUGAUGACGCUGGGGAAAGGGAAGGCGAAGGGGAAGAGAAGUCUGGUUGAGCAGGGGAGAGUCUUGAAGGCGCAUGUCGAGCGAUCAAAGAGGGGCGGUAAGAGAGGGAAUAAGGGGAAGUAG